AUGGCUGGACUUCGUCAAUGUGGGGGUGUGGCGCGCGCGGCGCGCGGCAUUGUGGGAAUCGUAGUCCCUAGAGCGGCGCUACGGUGCGUAGAGGCUGUCUCAGAACUCCAACUCCCAAGAGGCUCUGCGGCAGCGGCCGAGUGCGGGGCGGCGCUGACAGGACUCCCGAGGCCCCAGGAGCGGGGGAGGUGCGGGGGCUCCCACCUCCCGGCUGGUGGGGGAGGGGCGGCAGGCCGCGGGCUGCGCGGGGGCGGGGUCGAGCGGCGGCCUGGGUCUCGGAGGGCGGUGGCCCGAGCUCCGCUUUCUCCCGUGGGGCCUGGGCUUGGGCCUUUGUGGGGCGGGGGUGUCCCGGCGGCUCAGGCGGGAUGGGGGCGGGCCGCUGACGUCUGCGGGGGCGGAGCGCACUUGUUUUCGUGGCCGCGGGCGUUCAGCUGGAGGUUCCGGGCGACCGCGGCGUCAGGCCUGGAGGGGUCACUUGUGGGCACCCGGUGCGAGCCGCUUAAGAUGGACCCGAACUCCGGGCCGGCGCCGCGUCGCGCCGCCACGCGCGCGCCGGGUUUUUGUUUUCCUCCUCGCUGUCCUCAGGGCUGCGGCGACGGGAAAGGCUUCGCCUCCGGAGUUAGACGCUUUUCCUGGGAUCCGAGAGGCGGCGGGGGCGGUGUAAACGCGAUCUCACAUUCUCAUCUGAGCACCUCAGGCACCAAGCAAGUCCAUGGUGCACAGACAGACGUGGUGAAGGCAAAACAUGUCAAAUGAGUAAGUUUGAUAAAAAUGUAAACAAAAAUGAAAAGGUCCUGUAUAGUUAACACAAUUGUACAUAUCUAAUAACAAUUUUUUUUUUAAGGUUUUUCGAGACAGGGUUUCUCUGUAGCUUUGGAGCCUGUC